GAAUAUUUUUAUACCAUGCUUUUUUAUUUUUAUUUUCCGGUGUUGGGAGACCAGUGUCGUCGCUGUUAACUCUCCUCCGACUAUUAAACGAUUUCGUCGCUCCAUUAAUACCGUGCUUUAAAGUUCUGAAACCCUAGCUCAUCUCUAACUCAUCUGCAAUCUCUCUCUCUCUCUCUCUCUCUCUCUCUCUCUCUCUCUAUUUUUGCAGAUUUCGUGAUGAAGAUGGCAUCGCUCACUCAGCUCGACGACGAAAUCGUUCGCAGCAUGUCAAUCGGCGCCGUCUUUUCAGAUUUCGUUGGAAAGAUAAAUUCACUUGAUUUUCAUCGUACUGCUGAUUUACUGAUUACGGCUUGUGAGGAUGAUUCUGUGCGACUAUAUGACAUUGCAACUGCAAAGUUGUUGAAGACCACAUAUCAUAAGAAGCAUGGUGCUGAUCGUAUAUGCUUUACCCACCACCCAAGUUCUGUUAUAUGCUCUUCAAGAUACAAUUUGGAUUCUACUGGAGAAACCCUGCGGUAUCUGUCUAUGUAUGAUAAUCGGUGCCUUCGUUACUUUAAAGGGCAUAAAGACAGGGUGGUUUCCCUUUGUAUGUCCCCAGUUAAUGACAGCUUCAUGUCUGGUUCUCUUGACCACACUGUCAGAAUAUGGGAUCUGCGUGUAAAUGCCUGUCAGGGAAUUUUACAUUUACGAGGUAGACCUACAGUUGCAUAUGACCAACAAGGCCUCGUUUUUGCAAUGUCAAUGGAAGGGGGUGCUAUCAAAUUGUUUGAUUCACGAUCCUAUGACAAGGGUCCAUUUGAUACCUUUUUAGUUGGUGGAGAUAUGGCUGAGAUCUGUGAUAUUAAGUUCAGCAAUGAUGGUAAAUCAAUGCUUUUGACGACCACAAGUAACAACAUUUAUGUUCUUGACGCAUAUGGCGGAGAGAAGCGUUGUGCGUUCAGUUUGGAUCCAUCUCCAAAUGCAACGAUAGAGGCAGCUUUUACCCCAGAUGGCCAGUAUGUGGUCUCAGGAUCCGGUGAUGGAAGCUUGUAUGCCUGGAGUAUCCGUACAAAGAAUAAGGUGGCAAGCUGGGACAGCCACAUAGGCAUUGCUUCUUGCUUCAAGUGGGCGCCUCGUAGGGCCAUGUUUGUUGCUGCAUCCUCAGUUCUCACGUUUUGGAUACCUAAUAAUUCAAAACCAGCAACUGAAUUCGGAACUGUCAACCCUGAAGCUGUAGGACAAUCUGAACAUAUUUCUCAAUGACUGCAGAGUGAUGUCUAAUUAGUACUUCGUGAUAAAACCCUCAGCAGCAUUCAUGUACUCUAGAGAGAGAUCAGUUUUCUUGCUCGCAGCUUGUGUUUUGGUAAGAAUUCGAGGGGGAGGACCACUUCUUUGGUUGGUUCACAGCUUAUGUAAAAAUUCGUAUUCCCACUACUUGUCCUGGUUCAUUUUUAGUUGGAGAUUUUGUUGAGCAUUGUGUUGAUAAGGCUGUUAGGUCUCCAAAUUUCCGAUCGCUAAAUUUUCUGAUUCAUUUGAGUUACAACAUAGAUAAAUUGUUCCAGUAAGAAUGUUUUAACUAUGAUGAGAUGUAUAUGAUGCUGGUAACUUUCAUGGGUUCGUCGUGCUUGUACUAGUGCUUGUACUAUUGAUCGAGCAGUAUCUCUGUUUUCUCUCCCCCUCCUCUCUCAAAACAGGUGGAUAUGAUGAAACAGUGUUCUACUUGAUCUUUAGGAGAAAUGUUCAUGUUAGAGACU